UAUAUUUCUCUAUAAAAACACAACUAAAAUUUUGAUUUUUACUAUCACUUUCUUGAUAUUCAAAUUGAUUAUCAUUAUAAUUAGAUAUUAAAAAAAAAAUGCCACCAGUUACUGAAGAACAGAAAAAUCAAGAUGUUCAAGACAUUAUUCAAGAUGGAUUUAAAGGAGCUGUCACUACAUGUGCUCUUACUUCUAUAGUUGUGUUUGCUUCUACUCGUUAUUGUCCAUGGGCCAAGGCAAAUAUAAAUUAUGCUGGUAAAACAUUCAUCAUAUCUGCAUUGACUGCAGCUUCUUUUGCAUUCAGUGCUGAGCAGUCUAUAGUGAAGAAGCAUCGUGGUAAAGAAAGGUGGGAAUGACCAUGACUCCCAUAAUAAUCAAGAAAUUAAAUUUUGAGAAUUAAAAAAAAAAUGUUACACUAAUAACUAUGUAGAAAAUAUUCCCCUUAAAUUUUGUAAAUCUUUGUUAUAGUUUUAAGUAGAUGCCUUCAUUUACUUAAAAACUUAUCAUUUUGUGACGACUCCAAAGUGACGAGAGAACCAGAAAAACUUAUUACAUCAAACCAUAUUAAUUGGUACAUUGAUGCAAGAAUGUAUAAUCAAUCAUGAUUUUAUUGAUAAACAUGUAAAAUAUGUAUUAACA